CUCUCCCUUCCUCUCUGUCUGUCAGUGUCAUUCUGGAGUGGAGAUGUGGAGUGUCUUUCUGUCUCUCUGCCUUUUUUUCCAGCCUAAUUCAGCUGAGGAAGUGAUGCUGCUGGACACAACAGAGACUACCUCAGAGCUGGGCUGGACCACCCAUCCAAAACUAUCUGGGUGGGACGAGGUCAGUGUCCUGGAUGACCGGGGGAAGCUCAUACGGACCUUUGAGGUCUGCAAUGUCAAUCAGAAUUCCCGUCAGCAGGACAGCUGGCUGGCAACACCUUUCCUCCUCCGUCAGUCGGCUCCGCGGAUGUUUGUGACGUUGCGCUUCUCUGUGCGCGACUGUGCCAGUCUGCGGACGCCGUCGCCCACCUGUCGGGAAACCCUCACCCUCUACUACAAGCAGGCCGACUCGCAGGCGGAGUUAAUGAAAACCUGGACCCCAGAGCCAUCUAGCAGUGAUAAAGAGUCGAGGGAGGGCUGGGUGAAGAUCGACACCAUUGCUGCUGAUAAGAGCUUCUCCAAAGUGGAGCCCAGUUCACCUCACCAGUACCAACCCAACCGCUACAGUCGCAUUAACGUUAAAACACGAAGCUUUGCUCCUCUCACACGUGGCGGGUUCGUCUUGGCAAUUGUGGACAGUGGAGCUUGCGUUUCCCUCAUGGGGGUGUCCAUCUUCUACCGGCGUUGUCCAGCCACAAGCCUCCACUUAGCGUCCUACCCGGCGACUCCCUCUGGUGCAGAGCCGACUGCUCUGGUUCCCGUGAUAGGGAGCUGCGUCCCCCACAGCAGAGCGCAGGGCGGGACGCCCCCUCGCAUGCACUGCAACGCUGAGGGCGAGUGGAUGGUCCCCGUCGGAGGAUGCGUCUGUGACAAAGGAUAUGAGCCAAACGUCAACGGAUCUGCCUGCUUGGCGCCACAGUGGCAGUUCUGUUCCCCCUCUCCCGACAUCUUCCCGUCAGAAACCCUCGGUCUGAGGAACAGUGGACAAAGGGAUGACGGAUGGGUGAAGGUCCCUGACAGGGAAGUACGGCAUGGAAGUGCCUGUGAAGCGUCUCUGAGGGGGAAGACCGGUCUGCUCUGUCAGAGGCACAGCAAACACAGCGCGAUCCCAGACUACAGCCGAGCGGCUGUGAGCGAGGGCUCCGGUAUGUGGGGUUUGUCAGACACAGUGAUAACCCUGGGUGGCCUGGGAAUGCUGCAGAGCAACCUGUACAGUAUUGAGCACUGUACCGCUUACUUGGCACUGUGGUUCUGUCGUUGCUCAGAGGGAGAGGCCAAAGUCAGGGGUCAUGCCAGCGUGCUGUCGCACGCCGAGGCAAAGCGGUUCCCCACCUUACUUCCUGCUGCCAGUGUGCGUCUGUAG